AUGGCUCUCACCACUCAGGACAGCUCAGAGGCCGCCAUCAACAACAACAGCACCGUGGUGAUCAGCAUGAAGACAAUGCAAGAGUGUAAGGCUGUCGAGGAGGACGUGGUACAUGGCACCGAGAAUAUGAAUGUUGUUGACGAUGAUGACUUCAGUGACGCCGAGGACGAAGAGGAAGACAACUGUUGUUCCAGGAAGACCUCAUCUCUGCGGACCUGCCUCCGGUCCUCAGUGCCAGCAUGUAUUCAGGGACGAUGUGGAACUAUCAUCAAGUGCUCACUGCUGGUUCUGUAUCUCAUAUAUUUUGUCUUUUCCAUGGUGUUGACGUUUGGCGAUGAAGGCUCUAUCAGGCUCCUGGCCUUCACUGUGUUUGGAGGUGUGUUACUCAUCACUAAAGUUGUGAGAAAAACAUCAUCCCAAGAUACAACUGGACUGAGAGAAAGCUUACAUUCCAUGAUAAGAAAGCUGUUGUAUGUAUCUACCAGCGCGUCGAUCGUUGUGUUCCUCGUGCUGGAGGUGGGCAUGAAAGAACCCCGGAACCUCGUCUCUGUAGGGGGACUGGCUUUCUUCAUAGUGGUCGCAUUCCUGCUCUCCAAUCGGCCUGCUAAGGUCAACCCAAGUUCUUGGUGUCUCAGCUGUGUUUGUGUUGCAGGUCAACCCAAGUUCUUCGUCAACUGGCACACGGUGUUCUGGUCGGUUGCCCUUCAGUUUAUGUUGGCCCUGUUCAUCCUGCGUACAGAGGUUGGCUCUGGUUCUGUUAGUUGGAUGGCAGAGCGAGUCAACAAUGUGCUGAAGAAUUCAAGGAAAGGUUCAGAGUUCAUGUUCGGGAAGAGCUACAGAGACCAUAAUCUGAUAUUUGGCUCAUUCCCGUGCAUUUUCUUCAUCAACGCAUUGGUGGCCGUAAUGUACUACAUUGGAGCGAUGCAGUGGUUUGUCAAAGUCAUUGGUCGUUUCCUGAGAUGGUCACUGGACAUCACUGACCGGGAGUCCAUCUGCGUGGCCACUAACAUACUCAUCGAUUACCCGUCCACUGGUCUGGCAAUGAAGCCGUACAUGGAGCUGAUGUCGAGGUCGGAGAUCUUCACAGUGCUGGUAGCCGGGCAGGCCUCAGUGUCGGGAACGUUCAUCGGGGUUGUCUCAUCUUUCGGGGUAGAGUACUACACUUACAGUCUGUCACUACGGCUGCGUGUGCGAGCGUGCAUGCAUGUGUGCGAGAAGUCAAAGGUGGACUUCAUUAUAUCUGUGUCGUACCUGAUCCCGGCGUGUGUGAUGUCGGCACCCGCCUCCAUCGCCAUCUCCAAGUUGCUGUACCCAGAGUCGCGACCCAUUAACCACAAAAACACAUGCGACCUGGGAAGUAAAAAAUACACAAGCAUCUUCGAGGCGGCAUCCAUCGGGGCAACGUCCUCUAUUCACGUAUUUGGCAGCAUCGUCAUCAACCUGUACGUCUUCUAUGGCCUUCUCUCCCUCAUCAACUCGACACUCGGCUGGUUCGGCGACAGGGUGAACGUCAACGAUCUCACAUUUGAGUUUAUAUGUUCUUACAUAUUCUGGCCGCUGGCCGUCAUCAUGGGUGCUGACAUUCAGGACUGUGGCAAUAUUGGCAAGUUGGUUGGGUACAAGCUCAUGGGAUCUGCUUCACUGGCCUACUACCAGCUCGCCACAAUGUCGGGCAACAGACAGGUGUUUCAGGACUACAUGGAAAGUACAAAUGGAACAGGCACAUAUCGACACAUACAAGACGACCUAUACUUAGAUGGCUGGAACAAAACCCUGCAGUAUGGUUACAUCACAGAGAAAUCCGAGGCUAUAUCAACAUACGCCUUGUGCGGCUUGUCCAACUUUGUAUCAAUCGGGAUAUGCCUGGCUGUUUUCUACACCAUUGUGCCAAGGAAACAGAAAUUCGUUACCAAGAAAAUAGUGUUGUCGAUGUUUUCAGCAAACCUAGCUUGCUUCAUGACGGCAUGUUUCGCAGCUCUGUUCAAGACCAUGUUCUGUCUCUUGUACUCGGUGUAG